UUCUGUCUCCCGGAGCGAGUUGCCCGAGGACAGUCCUCCGCAGGCAGCCGCGCGUCGCGCGUCCCGGACCGCCGCGGGGCUCCGGCUCCCGCAACUUUGGGCGAAGCAGCGGCCGGUCCCGGCGCCCUCCCCGGGCCACCCUCCCCUCGGGCAUCAGGGGCUCAGGGGUCUUCGCUCGGCCAGGUGGGCGGCGGUGGGGGCCGAGACCGUGCCCUGCCCGCAGCCCGGCGCCUCUCGGACCCGUGCGGCGCCGCGCCCCGGAGGCCGGCGGGGUGCCCUGGGUGCUGCGUCAGGAAAGGGGGCGCCCUUCGCCAGCCGGCCCGCAGCGGGCGCGCCCUCGGGGAGCCGGCCGGGAGAUGGCGGCGAGGCAGGGGUGAGCCCCCUGCGCCCUCACCAUGCAGAAGAGCGUGCGCUACAACGAGGGGCACGCCCUGUAUCUGGCCUUCCUGGCGCGCAAGGAGGGCACCAAGCGCGGCUUCCUGAGCAAGAAGGCAGCCGAGGCGAGCCGCUGGCACGAGAAGUGGUUCGCCCUCUACCAGAAUGUGCUCUUCUACUUCGAGGGCGAGCAGAGCGGCCGCCCGGCGGGCAUGUACCUCCUGGAGGGCUGCAGCUGCGAGCGGGCGCCCGCGCCGCCCAGGGCCGGGGUCGGGCCGGGCGGCGCCCGGGACGCGCUGGACAAGCAGUAUUACUUUACUGUUCUUUUUGGCCACGAAGGCCAGAAACCACUGGAGCUGCGCUGUGAGGAGGAGCAGGACGGUCAAGAGUGGAUGGAGGCCAUUCACCAAGCCAGUUAUGCAGACAUAUUGAUUGAGAGGGAAGUGUUAAUGCAGAAGUACAUUCAUCUAGUUCAGAUCGUAGAGACAGAAAAAAUUGCAGCUACCCAACUACGGCAUCAACUUGAAGAUCAAGAUACAGAAAUCGAGAGGCUUAAAUCAGAGAUUAUCGCUCUUAAUAAAACCAAGGAACGAAUGCGACCUUACCAAAGCAAUCAAGAAGAUGAGGAUCCGGACAUCAAGAAGAUUAAAAAGGUUCAGAGCUUCAUGCGAGGAUGGUUGUGUAGAAGGAAAUGGAAGACCAUUGUACAGGAUUACAUUUGUUCUCCUCACGCUGAAAGUAUGAGGAAGAGAAACCAGAUUGUGUUCACCAUGGUUGAGGCUGAGUCGGAGUAUGUGCACCAGCUCUACAUCCUGGUCAAUGGCUUCCUCCGGCCCCUGCGAAUGGCAGCCAGCUCCAAGAAGCCCCCCAUCAGCCAUGACGAUGUCAGCAGUAUUUUUCUCAACAGUGAAACAAUCAUGUUUCUUCAUGAAAUAUUUCAUCAAGGACUGAAGGCAAGGAUAGCAAACUGGCCUACUUUAAUUUUAGCUGAUCUGUUUGAUAUUUUGCUCCCCAUGCUGAACAUUUAUCAAGAAUUUGUGCGUAAUCACCAGUACAGCCUCCAAGUGCUUGCCAAUUGUAAGCAAAACAGAGAUUUUGACAAACUCUUAAAACAGUAUGAAGCCAACCCUGCCUGUGAGGGGAGGAUGCUGGAAACGUUCUUGACCUAUCCAAUGUUUCAGAUCCCCAGGUAUAUCAUCACACUUCAUGAACUCCUCGCUCAUACACCCCACGAGCAUGUGGAGAGGAAAAGUCUGGAGUUUGCUAAAUCAAAAUUAGAAGAACUGUCCAGAGUAAUGCACGAUGAAGUGAGCGACACUGAAAACAUAAGGAAGAACCUUGCCAUAGAAAGAAUGAUUGUCGAGGGCUGUGAUAUUUUGCUGGACACCAGCCAAACUUUCAUCCGCCAAGGUUCUCUUAUUCAAGUACCUUCCGUUGAGAGGGGGAAACUUAGUAAAGUUCGCCUGGGUUCAUUGUCUUUGAAAAAGGAAGGAGAAAGACAAUGCUUCUUAUUUACAAAACACUUUUUAAUUUGUACGAGAAGUUCAGGAGGAAAGCUGCAUCUGCUCAAGACAGGUGGGGUCCUCUCUCUAAUAGAAUGUACGUUGAUUGAGGAGCCCGAUGCCAGCGACGAUGACUCCAAAGGUUCUGGGCAAAUGUUUGGACACCUGGAUUUUAAAAUAGUGGUGGAGCCUCCUGAUGCUGCCCCCUUCACUGUUGUCUUGUUAGCACCUUCACGCCAGGAGAAAGCUGCCUGGACAAGCGACAUAAGUCAGUGUGUGGACAAUAUACGGUGUAAUGGUUUAAUGACUAUAGUGUUUGAAGAGAAUUCCAAAGUUACUGUGCCACAUAUGAUUAAGUCUGACGCCCGUCUUCAUAAGGAUGAUGCUGACAUUUGCUUCAGUAAAACACUCAACUCCUGCAAAGUGCCCCAGAUCCGUUAUGCCAGCGUGGAACGCCUCUUGGAGCGGCUGACAGACUUGCGGUUUCUUAGUAUCGAUUUCCUCAACACCUUUCUGCACACCUAUCGGAUUUUCACUACCGCAGCUGUGGUGCUGGCGAAGCUUUCUGACAUAUACAAGAGGCCUUUCACCUCCAUCCCUGUCAGGUCAUUGGAAUUGUUUUUUGCUACCAGCCAGAAUAACAGAGGUGAACAUUUGGUGGAUGGCAAAUCCCCACGCCUGUGUCGCAAAUUCUCUUCCCCACCACCACUGGCUGUGUCCAGAACGUCCUCCCCAGUGAGGGCCAGAAAGCUGUCCUUGACUUCUCCCUUGAACUCAAGGAUAGGAGCAUUGGACCUGACCACCUCCUCGACGUCCAGCAGUCCUACCACCACCCAAAGCCCUGCUGCGUCCCCUCCACCACACACUGGUAAAGUACCGUUGGAUCUUAGCAGAGGCCUUUCUUCUCCAGAACAAAGCCCGGGAUCUGUAGAAGAGCAUGUAGAUAACCCCCGCGUGGAUCUGUGUAACAAGCUAAAGCGAAGUAUUCAAAGAGCAGUGCUAGAGUCUGCACCAGUGGACCGAGCAGGAGUGGAAAGCUCCCCGGUGGUGGAUGCCCCAGAACUUUCACCUAGCAGGUCACCCUCGACUCCUCGACACCUCCGCUAUCGCCAGCCUGUAGGACAGACGGCUGACAACUCCCACUGCUCUGUUUCGCCUGCUUCUGCUUUUGCAAUCGCCACAGCUGCAGCAGGACACGGGAGUCCACCCGGCUUUAACAACAUGGAGAGAACAUGCGACAAAGAGUUUAUUAUACGCAGAACAGCCACCAAUCGAGUCCUGAAUGUCCUCCGUCACUGGGUCUCAAAGCACGCGCAGGAUUUCGAACUCAACAACGAACUAAAGAUGAACGUCCUAAAUUUGCUAGAAGAAGUUUUGCGAGACCCAGACCUCCUUCCCCAAGAAAGGAAAGCCACAGCGAAUAUCCUGAGGGCCCUUUCACAAGAUGAUCAAGAUGACAUCCACCUAAAAUUAGAGGAUAUAAUUCAACUGAUGGACUGUCCGAAGGCUGAGUGCUUUGAGACCUUGUCAGCCAUGGAGCUGGCGGAGCAGAUCACCCUCCUGGACCACAUCGUUUUCAGAAGCAUUCCCUACGAAGAAUUUCUUGGGCAGGGGUGGAUGAAGCUGGAUAAAAAUGAAAGAACACCUUACAUUAUGAAAACCAGCCAACACUUCAAUGAUAUGAGUAACCUGGUGGCCUCGCAGAUCAUGAAUUAUGCCGACGUCAGCUCCCGGGCCAACGCGGUUGAGAAGUGGGUGGCGGUGGCAGACAUCUGCCGAUGCCUGCACAACUACAACGGCGUGCUGGAGAUCACCUCGGCCCUGAACAGGAGUGCCAUCUACAGGCUGAAGAAAACCUGGGCCAAGGUGUCCAAGCAGACAAAAGCUCUAAUGGACAAACUUCAGAAGACUGUUUCAUCUGAAGGAAGAUUUAAAAAUCUCAGAGAAACCCUUAAAAAUUGUAACCCCCCCGCUGUUCCUUAUCUGGGGAUGUACCUGACAGACCUGGCGUUUAUUGAAGAAGGAACACCAAACUUUACUGAGGAAGGCCUUGUCAAUUUCUCCAAAAUGAGAAUGAUAUCACACAUCAUCAGAGAGGUACGCCAGUUCCAGCAGACUUCCUACCGAAUAGACCAUCAGCCAAAGGUCACUCAGUACUUGCUUGACAAAGCCCUUAUCAUAGAUGAAGAUACGCUGUAUGAGCUGUCGCUAAAAAUCGAACCUCGGCUCCCUGCUUGAGGAUUCGGCCUUGCCCCUGAAUCCAUCGAAUUUUCAUGGAAAGCAGGAUGGACAGAACUGUGCAUGCCAUGCCUCCCAUGGUGCAGCAAGGACCGGGGAUGGAGACGAAGCCAGUAUCCCUUGUCCACAGAAGAAGCCAGAACCGAACUGGACUUCUGUUGUCUCCAGGCAGGGGAGCCCAGCUGUUUGGGGUCAAAGACAGACUCGGGUGGGAAGGUGAAAAGAUUGCUAUUUGGUAAAGCUGAUGGCAUGUUUUGCACAAGGGAAUGUAAGAUGGGAGAUGCUGGUAGGCAUUGUAAUGAAGCAGGUAAGAAGAUAAAUUUCAAGCCUGCCACAUGUUCUGUUAGAACUCAGGGACAAGGAUCCAUGGAAAAGACCUGUGAUGUUUCUCUGCCACUUUACUGGCCUGGGUAUACCCACCAAUAUCCUCCUAGGAUUUAACUGCUUCCUUUACGUUUCCCUUGUUACAAGCUUCCAGAAAAGCCGAGGCUUCCUCUGUAGGGAUGGACUAACACAUAAGCACUUUCAGUCUACAGCAUGUGCAUGGUCUUCAGUGCAUCAUAGACAUUUAUAUUGGAGGAAUAGCAUGUUCUGAAACUGCUUUUUCAGUCCUUAGGCAACAGGACAUUAAAGACAGGAUGAAAAACAAGUGGACUGUAUGUAACACUUCCUUAAUUAAGAACUCAGUGGGCUGUGCCCUCGGGAUUCCAGCCAGUGGCCCUCUUGAGGUGGUGGUGGGGGCUUCUUCCUGUGGCUGUGGUGCCCAAGAGGCCAAUGCCCUUGCAGAGGCAGGUGCAGAGUUUGCAAAAGAGUGCCCCGGGCACCUCACCGGCCGAACUGUGGGAUAAGACAGAACGCCACAGAGUGCGGUGGGAGGAGCAGGUUUCGAUGUGAAUUGAAAAGAUACCCCCCUCAUAGUAAUGUGGGAAUCUGUUCUGAUUUGCGCAAACCAUUCUUCGGCUCACUAUGAACAUCGGUUGCAUUUUUUAAAAAGUUGUUCAGUGGGAUUUUCUUUUUAAAACCCACACUUCUGUGUGCUGUUGGUAGACAGUUCUUCCCCAGUCAUCUUUGUUUGUAAAUUUCGAGAUAUUUCUGAGUGAAAAUAUUGUCAGUAUGUGGGAAAUGGGCCCAGCCACUCAACAGCUCUCUGUCACAAAACUUAAUGCAGGAGUGGGUCCUGCUACCCUAGGCUGGGGAGUGACCUCACGUUUCCCAGGAUUGUUGGUUAUCGAAGAUAUAGGGCUAUCUCAUGUUUACCUCCCUCUUCUCUUCUCAGGGAGACCUCUGCUUUAAAAGAAGGAAGAGAAAAAAUACAAAGUUAUUGUUACCUGAAUUGCACCUGACAUUUUCUCUUAGAGGCAUGAAGCGUGUUGAUGCUGUCAGUGAAACAAUUGAUCUGUCUGGCUGUUUUCCCUCUUUCUUUGUACUUUAAUUAUGUUGUUAGAGCUAACAGCUGACUAAUAAAUUCAACUUGCUGGGUCAUAAGACCCAGUGGAAGUGCUAGCAUUGAUAAUGUACCAUAGAGGUGGAGAAUGUAUGUUUUUGCUGCACGGUAAGGGCCAUCUCUGUACAUAAAUCUAUAGUGAAAUAUCAAGUAAGUACAAGAAAAUAUUAUAAUAUUUGAAGACCAUUCCAAAAAUAUUUCCAAUAGCUCAUAUUAGCCAACAGUGUAGCACUAAACCCAAAGAGGGUUACUUAUGGAUGCUUUAUUUUUCUUUUUUAAAAAAAGUUGCUUGUUUGUUCUUCUUCGUUUCAAAUAAGAGGUUGAUGCAUCUUGAUGCAUGAUCAGAAGCAUGUGUUGUUUAGAUCCUAACGAUGCAUAACUUGCAAUUCAUUUCUCAGUGUUCAGAAACUGAGGGUUUGAACUAAUAUAUGUCCAUUGCAUCAAACACCUCAAAGUCUCGCAGAAGAAAAGGAAAGGAAAGGUUAACUUUCUUGGCUCAAAAAUAUAGUCUUGGAAAGUGAACUAAAACCAGGGCAAAUCAGUGAAGGGCCACACAUAGGAGUUUCAGGCAAAACAAAACGUGUGGAAAGGUCAACGCACUCAACUCGGCCUGGGUGUCCCCAAGUUCUUCUAGAGGGGAGAGGGUGGUUCUGAGUGCACUUUCCCUGGAAGUUUGGACUCUUACUUCUCUUACCCAAAUGUGCCAGAGGCACUGCAGCCAUUCUUAUUAAAGAAAGAUAGGAGGUAGAGGAAUUUCCAGAUGCUCCUCCCCUUUCGGGAAGGCAGGUUUUCCUCAACUAGUGGCAAAGCUUUCACACCUAUUUCCUGCAGAAUGUUGGAAGCGCCCCCGGGGCCAGCGGUGGGCACUGUCAGCUGCUAUGCUGUCAGCGUUUUAUUGCGAGUUACACGGACCUCCCAAGUCCCGGAGUCUGAAGCCUUGCUGGAGCUGCAGGAGAAAGAAUGCCUCCUCCAGGGGAGCUCCUUUGACGACUUGCACCAUUUCUGGGCCAGCGGGAAUAGGAAUGCACAUGUUUUAAAAACCUCAAUUUGGUCACAUUUAAAAUCCCCAAGAGCAGUUUGCCAUGUUUCUUCUGAUUGUUAAAGUGCCCAUCCUCUUCUGCCUUUCAAGCUUUGUGUGUAUUGUUAGAGCGUGCACUCCCAGCUGUGUCCGCCUGUAUUCCAUUAUAUGAGACCCAUUUCUAAGAGUAGAUGGGAUGUCAGCCUCCAACGGCCAAGUAGCAAACACUUACAUUAUUGCAAAAUUAACCUAGAAAAUAGAAGUAAAAUCCAAUUUCAUGCUUUCAGAUGAAUACCCACAUUUUGUGCUGUCAAUGAAGUUAUCUUAGGGCUUUUAGAGGAUGCCUUUGGUUAUUAACUAAGACAUCCAGUUUUGCUACAGGGACAAAUCUCUUACUUAAGCCAAUAUAUUAUGUGACAGAUUCAGGCAUGAAGUUGAAUGUUGUCACUUUUCCUUAGUGUUCUCUGAAGGAAUUUAAAGUGGGAAUUUUAAACUACUGUUGCAAUAUUUUCAAGUGGCUCUCACACAAAGUCCCCAUUACUGUUUGUUAAAUUUCAGUAUAUCUUAAAGUACUACUUAAAAACAAAUGAAACUCAGAGAUACCGAAUAACCUGGAAGAGAACAAUCCAUUACGUUCCAGUGUGGAGCGUGUAUAUGAUGGACCAGCACCUUUUCCUCUCUCAUGGUUUUAUACGGGGCAAAACCUUGGGGUGACAUUGAUCGGGCCACUUUUAAAUUCUUAUCUAAAAAGAGUAAUGCGAUA